AUUCAUUCAUUCAUUCAUUCAUUCCAUAACACCAUGAUUGCUACCCACAACAACAGUCAAUUGCUCGCCGUUCACACUACUACAACAGAACAUCAGCAGCAGCAACAACAACAAACUUCUGUUCCCAUGAUUCGCAAUGUGUCCAAUGAACUCGAAGCCAUUCGUUGUGGCUCGCAUCGUACCGUAGCCGAUGGCGUUGCCUUUCCCAUGGCCUGCCGUAGCAUGCUCUACAACUUGCCCGGAAACUCGUAUUGUGCCGAUUGUGGCGCGGCUCGUCCGGAAUGGGCCAGUGUCAGUUAUGGCAUUCUACUUUGCGUCCGUUGCAGUGGACGUCACCGAUCCUUUGGCGUCCAAAUAUCACGGGUCCGAUCGAUUGAUAUGGAUGCCUGGUCUCAUUCUCAAAUCAUGGCCAUGUUGGAAGGUGGCAACGAACAGUUGACGUCCUUUUUUGAUCGACAUGGAAUGUCCGGCAUGAUGGAUCGACGAUACCAAACCAAGGCGGCCCUGUUUUAUCGAUCCAAUCUCCAAAAGCACGUCGAGACCGUUGCCAAUGCCGGGGAAUACAAGGGACGGGAAGCCGCACGACGACGAUACCAUCAACAAUCCAAAGAGAAGAUUCAUCAAACUGUGGCUUGCUCCAAGGCAAAGACAGCAACAGUCCAGUGAAUGUCGUCAACACUACAGUGGUGACUCAGAUAUUAAUAAGCACAUGCAAUCACCAACAAAUUUCACUAGCAGAAUGCAAUAAACCAUCGACUAUCCAUUUAUAAAAUAACACACAACGAAUAAAAACACAAUCAAGACU